GGGAGGAAAAGUGGGUAUAAUAGAGAUACAGAAGAAAAAAAAGGCACCAUUUUUCAGAAGAGAAGAAGAGGAACAACUCAAAUAACACAGAAAAUUUCCUGAGAGGGAGAGAGAGCAAUAGUCAUUGAUUAGAGAAGAGAAAUUGUUAUCAGUAGCUUAACAAAGGAUUAAUUUAAGAACAAAAAUCAUCUCAGUUUCAUCCUCUAUUGAGAAAAAUUACCCAUUAUCUUUGGUUUUUGCUCUGUGAAUGAAGUUUUAUUUCUGUUGAUUUUUAAGGAUUUUGCUUUGGAUUUGUUGUUUCAAAGGCUUAGAUCUCGAGAUAUGGAGAAAGAAGAAGGUAGAAAUCAAAGAGUAACAACAUUCAGUAGAGUUCUUGAACCAGAAUUUCCAUUACAGUGGGGAAAUACAAAGAGGCUAAGAUGUUUUAAGAUAAAAGAUGAAGAAGUUUCAGAGAAAUCUGAUGGUGUUAGUAGAAAGAGAAUCAAAUCUAGAAUAGAUCGUCGUGUUGUGAGGACAGAUAAAGAAACCCCGUCUUCAAUCUCCUCUCCAAAUCGUGUUAUUAACAACAACAAGAACGCAAGUGCUGCAACCCCUAGAUCCAAUGGGUUAAGUGAGAAUCGGAAAUCACAGUCUUGUUCACCAGAAAAAGAAGAUAGAUAUUAUAGUACAAGAGGCUCAGUGUUGGGUUUUGAUGAUAAUGGUAAGAUCUUCAUGGAAGCAGCAGCAGCAGCAACACCAGGAACAGAAGAUAAAGGAUUUGUUUGGCCUAAGUUGUUCAUUUCUCUAUCUAACAAAGAAAAGGAAGAAGAUUUCAUGGCUAUGAAAGGGUGUAAACUCCCCCAAAGGCCUAAAAAAAGAGCUAAAUUUGUUCAAAGGAGCUUACUUUUGGUUAGUCCUGGUACCUGGUUAUCCGAUCUUUGUCAGGAGAGGUAUGAAGUUAGAGAGAAGAAGACUGCAAAGAAGAGACCAAGAGGAUUAAAGGCCAUGGGAAGCAUGGACAGUGAUUCAGAAUGAGCAAAUAGAUUACAAUUUUUAGCCCAAAUUGGAUUGAUUUUUGAGUUAAGGAGAGAAGAAGAGAUACAGGAAGGAAUCAUUUGUUGUUAGAUUGUCAAAAGAAAAUGAGAUGCCUGUGUAUUUGCAAGAAUUCGAAGAGAAUGAAAAGAAACUCCUUCCAUUAGUCAUUAAAAAAAUAAAAUUCUCUCCUUCAUCUGUGUUCCAUCUGUGUUCUGAUCAGAUUUGUUUUUGAUGCAUGGCUGUUUUUUUUCAAACAUUAACGUGCUGUUAAUAGUUGUUGCGGUUAUGUUGAGAUAACGUUAGCUUAUGGGAUUACUGUGAUGAUGUACACACACAAAGAGAAUGUGAGAGAGAUGAAAGGUGAAUGAAUCAAUCUCAAUGCGAAGAUCAGGUGAUCUAAUUAAUCAGAUUUAGAAUGGUUGCUUUUUUUAAAAGA